AUGGAACCCUUUCUACUCGGAUCAAGCCAAUCACAUGAAAAGCCUGAUAUAUACGAUGAAAUAUCCACACAACUGGAUGAAAUACGUCGACAAUCUCCCGAUAAUUUACCGGUUCCUGUACACGUCCUAAAAACUGCUUUGGAGACUGCCGAUGGCCAAAUUGAAGAAAGAUUUCUAGAGGCUCAUAAAUGUCACAGUGGUCAACGUAUCAUUCUUAUUCCUUAUCUAAUCAAUAUUGAUCAUUGGGCUGGGAUUUUGCUCGAGUGGAAUUCGGCGGGGCAAAUAGAACAAUCGAAAUUCAUUGAUCCACUUGUCGGUAGUGAUACUGUUCCAGAUGAAUUACAGAAUAAAUUCAUGAAAAUCUUUCCAAAAAAUGUUUUACGUUCGAAGAAGAUGUCAAAGCACGAAGACCAAGCCCGAAGCGGAAUGUUAACUGUAACCAAUCUAUUGAAUGCAGUGCAAAAAUCACAUUCGUCUCAAGCAAGUACCUUCAGUUUAUCUUCUACGAAUGAAGAAGCUUCGACAACAUCGUGUGAAGGUAAUCAAAAGAAUUUAUCUGAACUUGAGAAAAGACUAAAAAGUGGAUUAACGAAAUUCAAAAUAUCUGAUGUAAACAUAUUGUCAGACAGAAUUCUGAAGAUGAAAACUCGAAUUGAAGAAUAUCGCGAAACAGAAAGAAUGGAUGAUGCAGGAAAGGAAAUAAAUUACUUAAAAGAAUGCGAAAUAUUAGCAGAAAUUGCUGAGAAAAUCGAACGUAUGAAAGCAAAUCAUUCAGAAUCUGAUUUCGAACAUCAAUUAGCGGAUGGCCUUAGUAGAUUGAAAAUAACUGAUGUGAAAGUUUUGCCAGAACGAAUAGCACGAUCAGAAGCACGAAUUAAAGAAUAUCAAGAGGAAGAGAGAGCAGAUGAAGCAAAAAACGAAGCGACGCGUUUAAAUGAGCUCAAGAGAUUACAGAAACUCGCGGAAGAUAUUGAAAAUCUAAAAACGAUGAGUGGACAAAAUCAGCAAUCGAAAUUGAAUCGGUUAGAACAACAAUUCGCGACUGAUUUAGCGAAUUUGAAGAUCGCUGAUCCAGCGAAAUUAUCAGAGAAAAUUGCGAAAUCUGAGGAACGAAUCAAAGAAUUCGAAGAAGAAGACAGAAUUGGUGAUGUAGAAAGAGAAAAACAAUAUCUAAAUAAAUGUAAGGCAUUACAGAAGCUUUUCGAAGAAAUUUCUCAGCUGAAAUCGAAUAGUAACGAGGCAGAAGGAGAUGAUGAUUUACAAAAGAAAUUAAACGACGGGCUGUCAAAAUAUAAAAUUUCGAAUGUCGGAGAUUUACCUGAAAGAAUUCAUCGAUGCGAACAACGCAUCAAAGAUUAUCAGGAAGAAGGUCACUUAGAAGAAGCAGAAAAUGAAAAUAAUCGUUUAACUGAAUUAAAGAAACUUCAGAAAUUAGCUGAUGAUUUGAAUAAGUCGAAAGAGGAAGAAACAGAUGAAUCCAAAUUGCGCAAAUUAGAAGAGAAAUUAGCGAAAGGCUUAGCGCAAUUGAAAGUACCGAAUGUUUCAGUUUUAAUAGAAAAAAUUCAACGUUCGAAGCAACGAAUUAGUGAAUUUGAAGAAGAAGAUCGAAUUGAUGAAGUAGAAAUAGAAAAAGUAUAUUUAAAAAAUCUUGAAGAUUUAAAUCAAUUGGCUGACGAAAUCACGAAUUUGAAAUCAAAUUCGUCGAAAAAACCGGCAGAUGAUAUGCCAAAACCGAGUCUAGUUGCUCCCGACGUUGAAAAUAUUCCUGCGCCGACGACUGAACAAAGUGUUGAAAAACAGAGAUUCAAUAGUCGCGAUAUGUAUCCGUGCGCAGAAAAAACUAUUGUGGAAUUUUUGGAAUAUUUCCAAGAAAAAAAUCUUGAAGGUGCUCAUGUUAAACUCGAUCGAAAAUUCAUCAAUGAAAGGUUCAAACAAUUACAGAAGCAGAUUGAGAAACAAGAACUCUUUUCCAAGAAAAUUCAGGAGAAUUUACAAGAUUUACAACGUUAUACACGAAGUCAUGAUAAUCCAUUAAUAUUGCGCUGUUUAACUGAAAUUUUAUCACAAAUUCGACCGUUAAAUGUUCGGGAAAUUGAGCGACUUGUAGACAAAGCUAAAGAUGCCGCGAAAUUAAUUGCUGGUAAAGAUAUAAUAUUAUUGGUCGGAGAAACUGGAACUGGAAAAUCCACGACAAUACAGUUUCUCAGUGGUUCGAAGAUGAAAAAGACGAAAGUUGAAGUUGAACCAGGAAGAUUCUUAGAACAUAUUACGAUCGAUGGGCCGAUCAAGAACCAUGACUUAAUAAAUGUCACGAAUAGCGCGUUGAGUAGAUCAGAAACACGAUACAUCGCACCGGUAACCAUUCCAUUACGAGAUAUUUACGGUUCACAUGAAUCCGGAGAAAUCAUUCUAUGUGAUGCACCAGGUUUUGGUGAUACAGCGGGUCCAGAAGUUGAUAUUGCCAAUGGAGUUGGAGUUAUUGAAGCUUUAAAAGACUGUAAAACUGUGAAAAUUCUUGCUCUUUCAAGUUACAAAAGUCUAGGAGAUCGAGGACAAGGAAUUCAGAAACUCGCGCAUCAUUUGAUUAAUAUGAUUCAAGAUAUUCAAGAAAGAUUAGGCGCUAUUUGUUAUGCAUUCACAAAAUAUCCAUCGUCAGUGGACAUUAACGCUUUGUUAUCUGAUAUCAAAAUAUCAAAAGUUGAUAAAGAUCCGUUGUUACAAUCAGAUAGCACAUUCGUAGCAGUUUUAAAGGAUAUGAUUAAUAAAACACGAGUUGAUGCGGAAAUUCUCGAUCCUCUUUCGGGAGAUCCUAAAUCUUUGAUUAAAAAAUUACGACAGUUACGUGGAAUAAAACAUCUUGAUGAAGUUUUUCGAUUUUCUAUCAGUACCGAAACCCAAUCUUGUAUUUCAGAUCAAGUUCAACAAGAUAAUUCGAAUAUUAAAUGUGCAUUAAAACAUCGAGAUAUCGAUCUUGCUUUAUAUUGUUUAGAUAAAUUAAAAAGUUUGAAAGAUUUGAUUGAUUUAAAUACAAUUAGAGAUUCGUAUGAAGAUGCGAUUCGAUCAGUUAAAGAAACCUUAACAAAUUUUUGCAGUGAAAGAACGAAAACUUUUCAUCGUUCAUUGGUAAGUCAAGACGGGAUGAAGGAUGAAGAUAUUCAAGAAUAUAAAUAUUCGAUUGAAUUUAUUCAAAAAUGUCAAAAACUACAAAAACAUUUCGACGAAGAAAUAUUUUCAUCAGAAUUAUUCGUACAAAACAUGAUUAAUGAAAUUCAAGAACGAAAGAAAGUUCUUCUCGAAGAACAAUUAUCAAGUCAUCUCAUUGGAAUUUUCUUUAACAAUGUUUUUCUUUUGAAAAAUUCCUUCGAACAAAUUCAGCCAUUGUACAAACAAAUUUGUGAAUAUUUUCAACAAGAAUUUCAAAAACUCACGAAUACAACCGACGAACUCAUCAGAGCAAAUCAAUUUGAUCAAAUCGCUAAUGUGAUUUUACAAAUCACAAAAUGUCUUCCGACUUUGAACAAACAUUUAAAUGGUUUAGUAGAAAAAAAAUAUCGUCAGACGAUUCAGCUGCUUGUCGAAUCUUUGAAGAAUAUUCUUGAGAAAUGUCAGUUAGUUUUAGCUAAACCGAGAUUAAGUGAAAAUGAGCUUGAAUUUGUGAAAAAUUCAGUUGUGACAUUAGGAUCAGUGAAAAGAAAUGCUGCGCUACAGGAUCGUCUUUCAACUUAUAAUGAAAUGUUUAAGAAGAGCGAAAAUCUUAAUGGAAUUUAUAAUUCGUUGAUUGAGAAAAUUGUGGAAUAUUUUAACGAAAUCAAUAAUCGAAUAGAUCAAUUGUUUAAAAAUCAUGGUGAUCGCGCGCUUGAAGAUACUGAGACUUUAAUUAGUGAUUUGGAUGCAAUUCGAACGAUUCCAGAAAUUGAUUCGAAAACAGCGGGAAUUUAUCAUCAAACAGUUAAUUUUGUUCGUUCACAAAUGAAUCAAAUUCAACAAGAAGUUGAAGAUCUAUUGAACUCACUCGAAUCACAAAAAGGAACGCCAAACUAUGUGAAAAUCGCUCGUUUAUUAUCACGAAUGAAUAAUGCCAAAUGGAUGAAUCGAACCUGUCCAGGGUCAUAUGAUCGAGCAAGAAAACGAAUCACUGAUGAACUAACUGAAUAUUUUCACGAUUUAGAAGAUCGUUUGAUGAAAUUAGAUUUAACGAUGAAACAUCCAGAAAAUAUUCCCUUUGCGCAGGAAAUCUUUGAUAAACUUGAUUCUCUCAGUAUUUUCGAUCGAAUUCUACCCGAAUUGAAGCAUAAAAAAGAUUCAAUGAUAAAAAGUUUCCUUGAAAGUGUUCAAGCGAACUUUGAUCAAAUGCAAAAGAUCUUUCAAUUACAAGAUAAAAGAAUUUAUGAAGCCAAACAGGAAUUAAUUCGACUUGAACAAAUCGAACAAGGCUGGGUAGAUUUACAUCCAGCUAAUGUUCUUUUACGUCAAAAUAAUUUCAGCGAUUUCAAUAAAUUGGAAAAGGAAAUCAAAGAACUCGAAAAUAACCGAGACAAAGAAAUCCAACAUCAAAAUCAAAGAAAAGCGAAUAUCGAAGACAAAUUGACAAAAUGCAAAGAAGAAGAGAAAAGCAAUUUUGAAAAUCGACUUGCAAUUCAAGCAGAUACUAUCCAAGACUCAGAAAACAAAUAUAAAAAUCUUCUAGAACCUCUUCUUUCAAUUAAAACUCAAUAUGAAUCAUUGAUAAUUACACACAAUACUCUCACAGAAGAACAAUCGAAAUAUCUUCAAAGAAGAAACGUCGCAAAUAUUCAAAUUUUGACUCAAACCAUCGAUGAAAAGAAAAAAAUUGUCAGUCAACAUCAAAGUGAUCAACAAACAUUUCACUUUGAUCAUUUCAAUGCGGCAACAGCUGAUAUCGCCUUAGUUUAUACACGAAACUGUGAAAAGAUCAGAAAUAUCUGUUUUAAACAAAUGGCGUCUGAAACUCAUCGAAUUUUACUAAAAUAUAUCACUGAAUACGGAAUUUGUCUUCAGAAGGAUAUUGAAAGAAUCUUCAAAUCCAUUUUAGAAAAUAAUUCAUGUGAUUCGGAAAAUUUAGAAACACGCUUAGAAGAUUUAGUUGCAUUAAGAGAAUAUAAAAAUGUGUUUGAAUCGAUUGAAGGAAAUAAAAAAGUCGAAACUUGGAGAAGAAAAUUUGGAGAACAAUAUCAAAUAAGUUCCACUCGAAUUGAAAAUUAUAAAACGUCGGGAAGUUAUGAAGAUUUACAUAAGGAGUUGAUCGUUGUCCAACAUUUAAGUCGAGUAGAUAACUUUUGUAGUGGAACGUUUUUAACACAAGGUUUCGGUGCUUUGUAUCGAACUAAUCAAAUUGAAACGUCGAAACAAUCCAAGCAAACUUAUGAGAACGUUUUGCAAUUUAUCAAAGACGAAAAUUAUGCGGCUAUUGACAAUGUCAUGGAUGAUUUUGAUGAGAAAACAGCCAAUCCAAGAAAUAUGCGUGCGAUUAAACGGGAUCUCCAACGUUCUUUGGAUGAUUUAAUGAAAAACACACUGAAAAUUGCCAACAAACUCAAUGUUAGUGAUGACUUUGUAACGAUGACUCAGUGUCAAAUUGAAAAAAUAAUUGCGAAUUUUGAAAAAUUGCGUACUGUUCGAAGAUCAAAAUUGUUAACAUUGAUUGAUGGUGAAGAAACGAAAACAGAUUUGAACGAAUUCGAAAAGAAAUUAACUGACUGUUUAUCAAAAAACUUGUCACAAUCGAUCGAAAAUAUCGAAAAGCUCUUGGAUUCGAAUGAUGUCUUCGAAGUGGAAUUAAGUAUCGAAAAAUUUGAUCUGAUUCGACGUGAAUUUGAUCAACUUUUGAAUUUGGAAUCAAUUGAUCCAAAACUAAAGGAAAUCAAAGGGAAAUUAGAUAAUUUGGAUCAACUUAUCUUGGAACAAAAUGAUUAUCUCAAAGACAUUCAACAAUAUCCAAUUCAUUCUCCGAAAGAUCUCGUUUUGAAAUUACAAAAGGCUCCUGAACGUCUUAAAACAAAAUAUGACAAGAUUAUACGACGAAUUAUCGCUCAAAUUAAACAAAAUUUCCAAUCAAUGAUUGACAAUGUGGAUAAGGAACCCAUUGAAAAACGUGUCGAAUUGAUUAAACCACUGUUUGAUGCACUAGACUUUCUUCCAGAUGAUUUACAAACAUAUUUUAAAACAGAAGUUACUCAGCUAAAAGAUAAAGUUAUCGAAGAAAAUCGAACAUAUAAACGUGAAUUAGAAAAUUUUCUGAAGAGUGAGAAAAUUAAUGAUGACACGAUUCGAAGAUUAAAUAGAUUUGCAGAGAUAUAUGAAAGUAGAAAGCAAGACGAAUUGUUAACAAUUUUACAUUCAGGAGUUUCAAAUAAAUUAGACCAUUAUUGGAAUUUAGUUCAACAAUCAUUUGAAAAGGAAGAGAUUCAAUUAGGACUUGAGAAUAUCCCAAUCAUUUUGAAAUUUCAUCUUUAUGCACCGAAUAUUCCAGUUAGUGAAAGAUAUUUGAAGUUAGUUUCAGAUUUGCUUAGUGGAAAAAUACUUCUUUAUUCCAAAGCACUUUCGGACGUGUUUUCACUUAAUAAACUUGAAAGUGUUGAUAAAGCUCUACAAAAUCUAAUCUUAUGUUUGGAUUUCGUUCAUUCUUAUUCUCCGCAAAUCAACGAUUUCAUUCCGGAAAAAACAUUCACAAACACGUCUCUCAGUUUGAAUAAAUUAUCAACAGAUUGGCAAGUGUUAGUCGACAAUUUUAACACUGCUUUGAAAGCAAUGAAUAUCAGCGUCAUUAAGGAGUUAUUGCACACGGCUUCUUCAAUAAAUCAAGUUCUCAAAAAAUUUCAUUGUUGUGCAUGUGAACAUUCAAUGAUGAAAUCGUUUCUUAUACAAAUGAAACAAAUACCUGAACAUAAUAAGUUAAUGAAGAGUUUUCAAGAAGAGAUCCGUUUAUCCGCGUUAGUUUUUCAAGAAGAUUUGAUUAGUGAUAGAACCGAACGAUUUGAAGCAGAUCGCGAACAAUUUUUCAGUAAACUUUCAGCAACAUUAAAAGUUUUUCAAUUAAUUGAGAAAGAGUUUUCGAAUAAAUUCGCAUCGAUAUUCGUUUUUGAACAAAUUGAAAAAGAUCUGAAGAUGAAAGUCGAAAAAAUCAAAGAAAAACUUGUUUCUUCUUCGAAUCAAACGAGUCCAACUUCAGCCGAUGCAGAUCAAUUUCGACUUUAUUACAAUCAUCUUCUUUCGAUUGAAAAGCAUCUUCAAUACUCUGAUCUUCAAAUUCGUCAAACUUUAGAAUUAGCUGAAAAAUCAAUACUUAGACAAGUUGAUUAA